CUUCACAUAAUGAACAUGCAUCAGUUGAUAAAAUUGUUUUAGACCCAUUAAAAAACAUAUUAUUUCCUACUCAAGCCUAAAAGUCAGGCUGCAUGUAAGGAUGUAUGUUAAAAGUGUGAGUGCUUCAAACAGUCAUGAAUGUCUACACUCAGGCUCCUCCCAGUAAACAACUCUUUUUGGCGCUCCACCUCCAAAUAGUAAAAGAGUAAACACACUCUGAACGCACUAUCAGCUUAUCGGAUGAGAUGCAUGUAACUGUCCAUGGUGUCCGCAAAAAAUUUGUUUUGGUCGAAAAAACCACCUGGAAAGGUUGAUAGAUCUUUUGGGACUGUUACUCGGAACAGUGAUGAAUUUGUAAUGUAAAUGGCUGGCAAAAAUGAGGAGUGACAGUUUGAAAAUAGUUUUUAUGUUGUCUCUUGCUUUUGUCACUAUAGGUGGACAACAUUUUGAAAGUAAAGUGGCCCAGUUACUGCGAGACGAAUCAGAAGAUAUUAAAUGUUUUGUGGAGGUGAAGGAUCUCACUUGCUUUUGGGAAGAGGAGAGGAAUAAUUUACAUGCUCAGUAUACCUUCACAUAUUCAUACGAGUAAAACAAAAUGGCUUGUGUGGUUUCAUCUCUGUCUUUACUGGCCAGUAACAAAACCGUCUCCUUCUGCAAACUUGCCAAAACCCCUUUCUUCACGACGCUUGAUGUGCAAGUUUUUCGUGAUGGCCGGAUGCUCUACAGUCGUAGCCUUAACGCUGAGAAUUUCAUGUUUCUGGAUCCUCCCAGAAACCUCACGGUCUUGAGUUCAGGGAAGGAAGGGCAGUUGAACGUGAGCUGGCUGCCUCCUCUACUCAAAUACAUGGAUGACAGUAUGAUAUAUGAGGUCAGAUAUGCAGAGGAGGGAAGUAACAUGGGCAAGGUAGAGGUCAUAAAGGUCAGCACGAUGCUGGUUUUGCUUGGCUUACAGUCGGACACCAGAUACAAGGUGUGGGUCCGUGUCAAACCUGAUGGUGUUGCCUACAAAGGCUACUGGAGUGCUUGGACCGAGCCUGUGCUUGGAGUCACACAGCCCAGCGAGGUGGAUCCACUGAUCAUGCUACUGGUGCUUUUCAUCGGACUGAUCCUCUGCCUGCUGUCUAUGACUGUGAUUCUGUCUCACCAAAAAUUUCUUCUUAAGAAACUCUGGCCUGACAUUCCGACACCAGAGCGAAAGUUUUCAGGUCUUUUUACUGUCUACAAAGGGGAUUUUAAGGAGUGGAUGAGCCAAAAUAAUAGCAGCAUGUGGGGCAGAUCAGUCCAUGUGUACACAGAGGAGCUUCCUUCACCGCUGGAGGUCUUGUCCGAGGUUUCCCUGACCAGCCAUGGGACGUCUCAGAGAGAGGAGAGGAAACCUGUGGAGGAGGACGAGGAGAAGGAGAGCGAUCGUUCGGACUCGGGGUUAACGGACAGAUGGCGAGAACCUCCUCAAGCUCAUUGGCUCAUGGAGCAACUGAGGACGCUUCAAGAAAACCCCCAACCUCUGUCCCAGUCAUUGUUACCGCAGUCACAUGACACCUACGUCACUCUCAAUCAAAACUCCCAAGGAGACGGCGUGCGAGAGGUGGACGAUGUCUUUGAGGAGACGUUACCACUGCAGACGCUCUUCACCACUGCAGGAACGACAUCUUUGAACACCUCGCACUCCGACCUCGGCUCCCUCCAGCAGAGCUCAGGUUCGGGCAGACUGUCGUCACAAUCCAGCUUUGAGUAUCCCAACCACACGUGGCCCCCCAAAGGGCCGGGAUACACCUACAUGGCGGUCGCAGACUCGGGGGUCUCCAUGGACUACAGCCCCAUGAGCUCCAGCAGGAUCGUGGAGCUCGGGAGGAACAGAAUGUACACAAAUGAUUACAAAAACGAGAUUUUUCUCCAUAAGUGUCCGCUCUCCGGUGAACACACUAAAUCCAGAUCAGAGUUCUGCAUGGGUCCCGUUUGGUAAACACGCCAUACUUGGGGAUAGUCCAACCAAAAGUGAUUAUUCUGUUAUCAUUUGCUCACCUUCAUGUCAUCAAACCUGUAUGACUUUCUUUCAUCUGUGGAACAUAAAAGAAGAUAUUUUGAAGAAUGUUGGUAACCAGGUGCUGGUAGCCAUUGACUUCCUUACAAUCCAUAAAAUAGGAGUCAAAGGGAACCGAAAUGUACAAAACUACUACAAAUUCACAUCAGGAUCUUACUGGAUUUUUCAGAAGAAAAAACACUUCAUCAGAUAGAAUAAGCUAGAAUUAUAGCAUAACUAUGGCAGCUGUUGAUGAAACAUUUAUGUACACCACUAAAUACCAGUGGGGUGUUUUCUUUGAACUUUAUUUACAUAUUUUUUUUGUCUUUAAUUGUAGAUACUUUAAUUGGUGGCACUUUCCACAAAUAGGGUUAAUUUAGCUGUGAAAUUCUCCUUUUU